AUGUCCAAGAUCAUCACGGCUAUCGCCGCCCUGUCGGCCGCCUUUGUCGGCGCGACAGCUCGUCCCAGCACUCUGCAGAGCCGCGCCACAUCCAGCAAUUUCAGUUUCUUUGCCUACGGAUCCGAUACAGACAGUGCCAUCGGUGGCUAUCCGAUCUUCUACAACGAGGGAUUUGCCUACAUCGCCAACCCCGCGAAGGUGAACUACACCGACAAAUAUGUCCUCUUCACCCAAGGCACAGAUGACACGACCCAGUGGGUGGCCAGCCCGCUGACGACCAGCAACACCACCUGGACCGAGUCCCUCUUCUAUGUCCCAACCCCCUACGGCCCCACCGGCUUCUACAAGUCGGGCAUCAGCAACGUGACCGAGUCCAGCAUAGUCACCACGGGCUUCACCUUCUACGGCACGACCGCCAUGCUCAAGCUCGAUGGCACCCUCUACACCGAGUGGUACGCGGUGGAGACCAGCAUCGACGGCCUGUGGAGCGUCGGCUGGAACGCUACCGGUGCCGGCGUGACGGAUGCCGAGCUCAUCACUGUGAGGAAGGUCAACCCGCCCAACGUCGACUACCCUAGCGACGAACAGAGUGACCAGCUAGAUGAAGAGAGGGUACUGGGUAGUUAG